CUUAAUCAAGAAGCCACACAACACACCACCACCACCACCAUGAUCACCUUCUCCCGUGUGCUGCUUCUUGUCGUCGCCGUCGCGAUCUGCCUGCAAGCAAACCCUAGCCAGGCCAUCCGACCGGCCUCGGCUAGCGACCCAGCUUGUAACUCUUAUCAACAAGCACUGUCAGGUAGCUGCAUGGACUACUUCACCGGCAAAACCGACGGCGACCAUGUGCCUCCUCAGUGCUGCCAAGUCCUCGCAGCCUAUACCUCCAAGUUGGGAACCAAAGGGGAAAAGCAGCAAGCCUGCAAAUGCUCCCACGAUUUAUUCACUGCCUCCGGGGUGAAGCAGGACCGCCUCUACAAAGUUCCAACAGACUGCAAACUACCAGUGCAAGCCGACUGCAGCAAGAUUAAUUGAGUGGAUGAUCCUUGCUUAAUAUUAUUGUUCACCAAUCAGCCGCACGCACAUGCAAGGAGGAGUUCGUUUUCCAUGAAGGAGGAAAUCAUGCGCGAAACAACAGAUAAUAGUAUUAUAGAGUUUACGAUUAAUCUCGUCAAAGUGUCGCAAUUUCAAGGUUUCUUUCUUUUUUUACUACGUACAAUAAGUGGCUAAACCACAACUAUAGUUGUAUGCUACCUGCAUAAUAAAUCAAAUAUUACCUA